AGCCAUCCACUAGCCAGAGCUGACGGUCGCGAUUUCGUGCUCCGCCGUGAUGUAAAUUUCGAAUCGAAAAAUUCCGCCCGAAAGUGUAACUUUCACCAUCGAGUGCGUCGGAAAUUUGUACGUUCGGAAGCCAUUUCUCACUUUCACCCGAAAUCAAUCGGAUUAGUGAUACGCAAGUGCUAGAAAAGUGAUUUUGAAAAGUGUACCCUUUGUUUGGUCGGUCUCAAUCUUUGCGACCAUUAUUCCCGAAGUCGUCGCCGUCGCCGUUGUAGGGAGGAAGCCGAAGAAGAAGAAUAAAAAGCAAAAGUCGCUCACCACAUCACCUUUAUUUCUUGUGUGCGGUGUGUGUCUCCCUUUAGUCGAUGCUGGCUGCUAUGCUGCGCUCCGGCCAUGGUGUGUAAUGUGUAUGCAACCGGAGCUCGUUUCGAUGAUUCUCUCGCGAGUUCCCAUUACAAGCUGAAGUGUUUGUGCAAUCGGAACGACCGAAUAAGCGAAUGUUUGCGUGCAUGUUAUUACGGCACGGUUGUGUGUCCUUUUACAAUAAGAAGUGUUGCCUGCUGUCGGAAUGAAUUCGCUGGAAAUUGAUUGUUGAGUUUACGUAUUGAGGAUUUUAUAUGCGGGAAGGCCUGAAAGGAGUGGAUACGUUUGGCCAACACCGAAACAGAUCUGGUGGUGACCACCCAAACCCCACCGAGCUCCCCCUUCCCAACGGACAAAACAACAACAAAAAGUGAGUGCGAUUCCCGUUAGGUUCGGUUGCCUCUGCUGUGAGGCCAACAACAAGCCGAGUGUCGGUUUUGCCCUUUGGCAGCCUUUCUGCGUGAACGUGGUGAGUGUGGAUCCUCUCGGAUAUCAUACCGUGGACUAACACGCUAUCGAAACUCUCGCACACCAAGGAACCUCCCGUAAUCAUGGACGGUAGAGAGAUUGAGUGAGUGGUGAGCGAACGAGCGAGUGAGCAGUCUUGGUGGCAGCAGCUUCGAGAGCAUAAAAGUGAUGGAUUAACACAUAGAAGGUGCUAAAAAAUUCUUGGAAACGCGAAACGGGUUUUCUAUACGCACAUACACACAUAUACUCAGUGGAGGAGAAAAUGGUCCCACAAGUUGGACGGUCGUGUCAACAUCAUCGUCGAGAAAAGACCGAAACGAAAUUAGCGUCGUUUAGCCAGCCGUGAAAGAACCUACCCGCGACGCGUAAGAUGGAUCGCUGAAGGUGUGAAAAGAUGUUGAAUUUCCCCGGAGGGCAAGUAAAAGGGAUCUAUCUCGGGAGUGUUGUUUAUCCGUGAUCCGUGAAGUUCGGUACCUGGCCGGGACAAAGGUGUCUCGGUGGAAGGCUCUGGUUUUUUUGUUGGUUUCGUUUGUUCUCCCGUGUGUGAAUGUGACACUCACGCGACCCAUCGCUGGUUGAUUUCUAAUGGAGAGAGAGGAAUAACGUGCUCCAUGUGUUGAAAAGCGAACGAAACAUCAAAAAGCAUAAAAGCAGAAGAAAAAUGAAAUAAUAACACCACCAGCGCUACAUAUACUAAUAUAUGCAGAUGAGUAUUAACCUCGAAAGAAAGUUGAUUUCUGAUGUUGCCGUUGUUAUAUGGUGUAGUGUGAGUUGUUUUGUGACGGUUCCGAUUGCUUUCUCGCUGCGCUCCGAAUUCUCGGAGGAAAGUUUCUAGCAGGGAAGCACCAACGGGUGUUUUGAUACAGCACACGCAACAUAGGUAGUGUUAAAAAUUAUGUAACCCUUCUGCACGGAUUUGGUGCCGUGAUUGAUGAGCAAACGCGCGAUACCUUGGGCUGGCGUUCGCUAAUGUUUGCGAACUCUUCCAUCGGAACCAACGGCAGCGAGCAAUGGAGUUUCAACGAUCCAAGCAGAUAAUUCGAAAUCACCGGGAACAACAAUAUGCAUCACUAGCAGCAGGAAAACAAACAACAGCCAUCUACUAUCGCCAAUUGGAUUAGCGACGAAUGUGAAUGAUAUGCAUCCCAGAGUCGACGAACCGCAUCAGCAGCAGCAGAAGCAGAAGGACGCAUCAAAAUCCAGCAAUAGCACCAUCUACACGAGAUAGCCAUGACUCGUACACAGCAAAUAGAGUCCUAUUAUUCUUCAUCAGUAUUCGGCUCACUACUCACAACAAUGGCAAGCAAUAGCAAAACUACCGGUAGCACCAAUUAUAGUAGCAGUAGCAGAAGUAGGAACUGCAGCAGCAGCAGUAGUCGUAGUAGACGACGGAAAAGGUUUCGGGCACCAGCGGCCAGCUGCUUCCACUGGAGCGUUUGGAGCAGUGUGGCGUUGUUGCUUAUUACGCUCCCAACGCUCAAUUUCGCGAUUGCGCCGAAAUACGAAACAGCCUAUGCCUGCGAGGGGAAAACGCUGAUGAUCGAGUGCGAAAACGGCGACCUCAUUAACCUGAUCCGGGCUAACUAUGGGCGCUUUUCUAUUACGAUCUGCAACGACCACGGGAACGUAGACUGGAGCGUGAACUGCAUGUCACCCAAAAGCUUGCGGGUGUUGCAUUCGAAGUGUGCCCAAAAGCAAAACUGCUCGGUCCUGGCCUCGACUAACAUGUUCGGUGACCCGUGUCCCGGAACGCACAAAUAUCUGGAGGCACACUAUCAGUGUGUUUCGGCGGCGCAGUCCUCCACCACGACGAACCGGCCCAGUCCGCCCUGGCUGAAGACGUCCCAGCCCAUCGUGUGGAGUACAUCAACGGUGCGGAAUCCGGUGCUGAGCAAGUUGAACUUCUCCGAUCCGCUGGCGGGCUUUGGAGUAACCGCAGCGGUGUCGACCAGUUUGGCGACGACGGCUAAAAUGAAACCAACGACGCCUUACAAGCAGCAGACGCUCAUGGUGAACCAGCAGUCGCCGCCAUCGUUCCGCAACAAAGGAUUUGACAACAAGAGUGUGAAUGAUGAUUUAGCAAUUAUUAAAACAAUUAGUGACGUAGCCAGUGGCAAGAAGCAGAAGAAUACCGACAAAGUGGAAGGUGUCCCGGAGGACGAUGAAGAUUUUGGUAACGACGAAGACUAUUUUCCGACGCAAACGGCAGUAUUAUCCAACGCUAAUAGAGAUAGAGAUAGUGACGGUAGCAAGAGCUACGGCGAAAGCAAUGUUUCAGUAGGUGGAAGCACUAGCAGUAAGAGAAAUGAUAAUCACAACACCCCCAACAGCAGCAGCAGCAGCAGUAGUAGUGGUAGUAACAAUAGUGGUAGUAAUAGUAAUAGUAAUAGCGUAAGUGGUACCAGCGAUAGUAACGCUAACAAGAAUGCUGUGAAUAAUGUGCUUGAUGUGAGUCACGCGUGUGGUCCAACGUCGGCACGAAAUUUGUUUUGGAAUGUGACACGCGUUGGGGAAGCCAAUGUACAGCCGUGCCCCGGUGGGGCGACAGGUAUUGCCAAGUGGCGAUGUGUAGCAAUAGGAUCGCUGACGCCCGAGCAGCGUAUGCAUUUACAGCACGAGCAGCAGCAGCAACAACAACAAUCAUUACUAGAUGAUAAUAACAAAAGUGAUAUUAGUUUUAAUAGUAAUCUUAGCGGUAGGAACGGAGCGGGAAUGGGUGACAGCGGGGCUGUGGCCACAUGGUAUUCAUAUCAGCCGGAUUUAACGCAGUGUCGAUCGCUGUGGCUCAACAAUUUGGAGAUUCGGGUCAACCAGCAGGAUUCGUCGCUAAUAUCGAUAGCGAACGAUUUGUCGCAAGUGACAAGCAGUAAGACUUUGUACGGCGGUGACAUGCUGGUAGCCACCAAGAUUAUCCAGACGAUGUCUCAGAAGAUGCACUUCGACAUCGAGACGAUCCCGGACCAGCGGCAGCGGGAAGCACUUGUUUACGAAUUGUUGAAUAGUGUAGUAAAAACGGGAAGCAAUCUGUUGGAUCAGUCCCAACACGCCAGCUGGCUGGAUUUGAGUGUGGAGGAUCAAAUGAGGGUGGCAACCUCACUUCUCACCGGCUUGGAGGACAAUGCUUUCCUUCUGGCGGAUACCAUCCUGAGGGAGCGCCAUGUGGUGCAGAAGGUGAAGAAUAUCCUUCUGUCGAUUCGUGUCCUCGAGACGCGAAACUUCGUCAAGAACGAAGUUUUCCCCGACUCUAGCCAGGAGCGGUGGCAGGUCAGUAAUGAUCAAAUAGAGCUACCCAAGGCCGCACUGAUCGAAAACAGCGAGGGUGGUCUCGUGAGGAUAGUAUUUGUGGCAUUCGAUCGGUUGGAACAAAUUUUGAGGCCACAGUUUAGCAAUAUUCAGCAGACACGCGUCGACCAGAACAAACUGGAGCAAGACGACAGUGCUGUUGGUUCUGGAAGAGGCGAGGUGAGCCCAGCACCGCGGCAACGAUUGCUGAAUAGUAAGGUAAUUUCCGCGAGUCUUGGAAAAGGGAGACACAUACAGCUUUCCCAGCCGAUCCGUAUGAUUUUGAAGCACUUGCGGACAAAAAAUGUAUCCAACCCAACGUGCGUUUUCUGGAACUACAUCGAUCACGCGUGGUCCGAAGAUGGCUGUUAUGUGGAGAAUACAAACGCCACCCAUACGGUGUGCAUGUGCAAUCAUCUCACCAAUUUCGCGCUCCUAAUAGACGCUAUAGAUGAAACUCAACUAUCACUCCUCUCCAUUAUCGAUGAUGAUUUGAAGAUUCUAAUCUACAUUAGUGUAGCUAUCUUUAUCGUGAUAAUAGUGAUCGCACUAUUCUCGCUGAAGCUUUUCAACGGGGUGUUUACGAAGUUCCGUAACGGUCGAGGACACCACCUGGCCGCGAAUAAUGCGGCCGAUUUGCAUCUACCCAAUCACUUACAACCUCACGGAUUGGUGGGUCCCGGUCAGCACCAUCUGGGAGCCGACUUGGAUGUUAACAUUCACCAACAUCAGCAGUAUAACAGUGCCGCCGGACUGAUGGCCACCGAUGGUCAUAUUAUACGUGGUGGCCACAACCAUCACAACAAUAACAAUUUGGUUACGACCACAUUCAACAAUCUGGCGCCCGUCGGCGGUGGUCCAGGAGGACCAGUGGGCGUGGGGUACGAAACUGCCACCCACCACCGGCUUGCCGCGCAGGAGCGUAUCAAUAACAAUCAAAUCAACAGCCGCAGCAAGCUACUGCUACUACCUUACAAACCACAUCAUCAACAUCUAUAAUCGCGACCGCUGGCCACGGGGGCGCUGGUGGCGGCGGUGCCAGUAUAGGUGGUGGUAGCAGCAGUGGCAGCAGCGGUGGUGCCGAGAUGGCCGUGUAUAAUCUGACUGAAACAGGCACCGCCACGUCCACCUCGUCCAGUGCGGCUAUCAGCGCGAGUAGCAUACCGUUGCUGCACCACCAUCAUCAUCAUCAUCUGCAUCACCAUCUGCACCAACAUCAUCAUCUUGCGGAUGGUGGCGGGGGUAGCGGAGGUGGAGGAGGAAGUGCGGGCGGUAGAGGCAGUAUUGGCGGCGGAAGUAUCGGAAGUAGCGGUAAGAGGAACCUGUAGCGAGAGCGAGUAAGGAUGUGUUUAGUCUACAUAUAUUUUUUUUGUUGUUGUUGAAAUUGUACAGACGUGGGGAACUCGUUGCUUGCUCAUCCCCGAAAUACGUUUUUAAAAGCUCAAGAGAGAUAGGCGAGAUCAAAAAUGAGAGAUAGAAAGAGGUUGUGCGGAAUCUCGCGUUGUUAUUGUAUGAUACAUUUAUUAUCGAAACGUGAAAUACUCAGUAGAAAGUCCUGCGCUUCCGGAGACCUAUUAUCGGGCCAUGCUGGAAAAUUGGGAUAGAACUGCUCGUAAUUUCCGUUCCUGGAUUUUCCCUGUGUACAUGUUUUUUUGCGCUACUGGUGUGCGUUUGUUUGACGAAGCAUAUCACUCAAUUGCUGAAAAAUCAAUGCUUCUGUUGCUCCGUUCGUUUAAUGUGGAUUAUGCGAAAACAGGAUUGAAGUCCUUGUUGCGAUAGCGGUGUUAACAUAUUGUCGGGCACGAGUGGUAAAUCCUCCUCACCAGUGAUUUCCUCGGAUUACCAAUCCAGCAAAUCAUUCGGAUAUUUGCUUUACCCCCAAACGCUACCGUUUCGAUUUAAUCAAUCAUCGAAUACCGACAAAAGCCGUGGAGUAUAACGCUUAGUCAUUGUGAACAAAAGCUGUUGUUCUACGCCCGUCGUUCCACCCUGCCGCCGGGCUAAAGCACCGGGGAACCCGAAAAAAACUUCAUAAUGAUGAAAAAUUAUUUUUCCCAAAAUAAAACAAACCUUUGUGUGUAGCUGUGCGCACAUGUUUCCUCGAAUCCCCGAGGAGCGAACAACAGAGCUAUACACACACCCACACUCACACACAAAUCCUACUUUUGUCGUCUGUUCGUGCCUUCAUCCAUCCUUCCACGACCCAACCGGGCAGCAGAUUAACCUCGGCAAUAACAAAUUGCUCAGACAUGCCAAGCUCGACAACAGCAAAUGAGACAUCGCAGGCACUAGACAACAGGCAAUGGACUUCUCUUGCUCCUCAAUCCCCCUCGCGUGGACACCCAUCGGCAGAGGAGCGCUCGGGGGAAGUGGCGCAUUAUUCUUUCAUCCCUGCCGGCACUUCACCCGUUCUGCACCACCCUCUCACUCCCCCCCAUCAGAAAACGGACAACUAAAAAAAAGAAGAUAUUACAAACAUUCCCCCUGCAGGAAAAUUAAAUUUUUCCGAACGAUUGAUUUUUUUUAUGGCGAUAGCCCCUGAAGUCCACCCUCCUUCCGAUUGUGGUGGGGUGUGGUAGGAGGGCGCAAAGCAAGAUUUUCGUCCAGGUUGCGUGAUGUUGAUACGUACGUUUUGGAGAGGAAAAAUCUUUUCGUCCUCACCAGGAGGGGGCACCCCAACACGCUAAGCGAGAUGUCAGAGAAAUUCUACUACCGAAUUACGUGUUGGGUGCCGUGCUAACCCGGGGCGAAGUACUUGGUCGCACUUUUAACGAGCAGUUACUUCGUGCAAGGGAACAUAGAGAGAGAGCGAGAUAUAGGAAACUGAGAUGUUAGAGGAUCAGCCGCGUGUAAUCGAACAGCAGUCCCCCAGCGCAGAAGGUAGAACUCCGUCCGCUUUGGCUGGUUUUUUUCUGCCUCGUUUUCGUACCACCGAUUGAAUCUCUGGAAAUUUGGUAUGGAAAUGUGCAUCGAAAAUGAUCCGUCGAAGCAUUAAGGCGAAGCCUUGGACGCUUCAAUGCUUCCAUGAAUGUGAAUUUGGAGACCCAGUGGUGCAAUUAAGUUGGAUCGUCUAAUGGCAGUUUGAAUAUUGAGCGGAAAGCUUGAUUUUUUUGCCUACGCGGGGUUUUAAAUGCCCUUUGCGUAUUUCUGAAGCGACGAGAGAGAAGAGUGCAUAACGCCGAAUCAAAAGGGGAAUUUACCCGGCAUUUUGGUGAUCCCCGUGUUACGUUCCAAAUUGCUGUUCAAUAACGGAAACCACUUGGUGCGAGUUUGAAAGUACCAUCAGUGUUCGUUGCUUUAUUUACUACCACCACUGAACAUCAUAAUCUCGAAUGCAUGCGGAGAGGUCACACAAUAGUGUGAAAGUUAUAAUGCCAAUAUUUUUUUCAAGUGUUCACUAAACGAUUUGAAAGUUUAUUUUUUUAUGCAGCACAUAUUACAAAUCAAUUGUAACCAAAAGAUAACAAGCCAAUCAGAUAUAACUCAUUUUUGUAUAGAAAGUGAAAUUAGGAAGGGCAAUUUUCCAAAUUGUGACGUAUAAAUUCAUGUUCGUUGUUUGGAAUGAAUACGAUAACGAAUGAAAGUUUACAGAACGAGCAAAAUGCACAAUUUUUUUAUAAUUCGUAACUUUUGAGUCGGUAUUACCGGUACCUUCUUUUAAAAAAUCACUUUUCUUUGUGUUGAGGUUUCGAGAUCAAGAGGAAACCCUAGCGGAUCAUAUAUUUGUUUGGGAGGUUGACAUUUCUUUUUUUUGGGUGCGUAGUUCUCGCUGUUUUUCUAACUUUAUUGUGUUAAAAAUGGUUAUAAAUGAUUCUUUAAAAAUAUUAUCCAUCGCUGGCUAUUACUUUUUCCUAUCUUUCAGGCAGAGCUAGAACGCCGUUAUAAUAAAAAUCAUCGUCUUUUGAGACGGUCGGCUGUUCAAGUCGGAUCUUCAUAUGAAUAGAAAUGCAGAUCAUCCAGACCAAGUGCAAUCGAACGAAGCUAACAAUAAUCGGAAGGGAAAUAAGUCGGAUGUGAUUGGACUUCCCAUUUGUAUGUUUCCAAAAAGGUUUUAACAAGUUUGACAACGUGAGGCCAAGCGUUAUCAUGUUGUAAAACAACUGUUUUGUGUCUCUGCUUGUGUUGUGACUGUUUUCCGCACAGUGCUCGGUUCAAGCAUCAAUUGUUUAUGACACAGUUCCCUAGUGAUGGUUUCGUUCGGUUUCAACAGCUCAUUAUAUAUAACAUCGACCUGGUUCUACUAAAUACAUAGCAUACACUUCGGAAUGUGGGUAAUUGUCAGAGCGUCACAUGAGCAGUUCUCAAGACUUUCCUUCCCUUGGUUUCCUGUAAAGAAACCAUUUUUCAUAAACCGUCACGAUGCGAUGAAAGAAAUCUUUCCAUUUUUGCAGCUGGAGCAGUUGUCGUAGAUUUUUCAUUGCAGCAUCUAACGCUUGCAUUAAAAAAUAGACAGUUAAUAUAAAAAAUAAUUACAAAAGAUGAUUUGUAGAUAAAAAUGUUACAAAAGGUUAUUUUUAUGGAGCACUGUCGGGCGACCUUUCGGCAAUUGGUUGAAACUUUCGUCAUCGUUGUCGAAAACAUACUUUAUCGGCAGGUGUUUCAGUUCUUUCUUAGCUUUAUUUAUUAGUUCCUCCUCCGUUUUCAUCACGAAAUUGUUGAAGUAUACCCUUCAGGUUUGACCAGAAAUUCUCGAUGGGACGCAGCUAGGGGACGAUCGGAGGAUUGGCGGACUUUGGGACAACAUAUAUCUUUAAGCGACUCUGGGGAGGCGUUCUGGUGCAGUGGUAUCAUCUGUCUCCCACGCUAAAGGUCACGAGUUCAAUUCUCACUCCCAACAUUCUUCCUAAAUAGAAGUAAAGUAACGAAACAGCUAAAAGCGUUGAAAGUCACUAUAAUACAGAAAGAAAAAAAAGCGGUUCAUCUCCUCCAGCGACUUCUUCGCGUAAUGGACGAAGGCCAGGUCCGGCCAUAACACCACAUCCUCGUUCGGAUGAUAUUUUUGGGUGAAGAAGACAAAAAUAUUCGGUUUUUAUUGAGUGGUAGCGAUUUUCAUCCACAGUAACGUGCCGGUCUCGAUCAUAACGGAAGAAGUACGGCCCAAUGACGCCGCCGGACCAUAAACCGCACCAAACCGUAUUUUUUUCGGGAUGCAAUGGUGACUCAUGGAGUACAUGUGGAUCGCUGCCUGACCAAUAACGCAUAUUUUGCUUAUUGACGAAGCCAUUCAGCCAGAAAUGAGCCUCAUCGCUGCAUCGAUGAAAUCUGGAUAAUUUUCAAGUUGUUGCUCAGCCCAAUUCAUGAACAUACGACGCUUCUGGUGCUCAAGCGGCUUCAGUUCUUGCAUCAAUUUGAUCUUUUAAGGAUGUAGGCCAAGAUCUUUUCGCAAAAUUCGCCACAACGACAUCACAGAGAUGCCCAACGCUUGAGAACAACGUGUGAGAGACUGAUUUGGGCCUUCCUCAAUUGAUGUGCUAGCGGCAGCAAUAUUCUCGACACUACGGGCACUUCUUUGUCUCACUGGCACGGGAAUAUUUUGUACUGUGCCUGUGGAUUCCAAUUUUUUCACUAGACGCUCAAUUGUUGAUCUGGCAGGACGAUUCUGACGACCACAAAUUGGACGUAGCACUCUUAAAGUUGAGGCCAUUGACUUCGAAGUUCGGUAGUAAAUUUUAAUAAUCUCGACUCGUUGGAUCGUAUAUCUUUCCAUUAUGAAAUGGCAAAUCUUACUGAAGAGAAAUGUGAAGAGAGCGGGCAAAAAAUGGCGUCGUUUGCUGUCCCUAUCGGUCUACUUUUGUAGCGUCCCUAUUGAAAUACGCUUUAUUUGAUGUCGGAACCAGUGUUGCCACACGUACAGAUUUAUCUGGAAAGGUACAAAUUUUUUCGAUCUUUCUUGGUACUGAUUACAGAUUUUUGUACACAAGUACAGAUAGGUACAAAUUUUCUGGAGUGAUAAAUUAAUAACACGUGGGGUUGGUAAAACAGAUGAGGCAUAGAUUUGAUUUCGAUUAUUGGACCCUCAAGGCUGUUGCAAUGUUAAUUCAUAGAAACAUUCCCAAUUUAACAAGCAUCAAAGAAGUAUUGGAAGCGUUUCCAUGCCCAAAUCUGAAAUUUCUCCGUAAAGAAAUCUCUGUUGGACAAAUAUCGGUUGUCUGGAGAGAAAUGGCAGUUCGCUCGCGUUUUAUUAUUCUUACUAUGCAUCAAUCCUUGGUAACUGUGGAGUGAUUUUUUUUCUGAUUUUAACAAUAACAUAACAUCUAAAUCGACAAAGCAACGAUACGAUGAGCACAAUCUUGAAUUCUAAACAUUGGAUCAAACAGCAUAGGGCAGCACGAAACAUUGAAUAACUGAUGCAGUCAAAGUUUAGCAAGAGUGUGUAUAAGAAUUAUCAAACAAAUGAGCAAUUAGGGGCUUGAGUACUAUUUUCCAACACAUUUUUCUAUGCAACAAAAAUUUGAAUGUCACGGAUUGCGAUACAGAUGUUUGAAAGAAAUAGUACAGAUAAAAAGGAUUUCAGUAUAAUUGUGACAAAACUUAGAAUGCUUGCAGAAUACUAACUGCACUAAAGAACUCAAUGGCAAUAACCUCUGCUACUUUUCGGAGUAUAUUUUGCCCCAGAUAAACAGAUUGAAUUGUUUGUUCCAAGCUUAAAAACCCAAAUUCACGAUACUAAAUAAAAAGUUGAAAGAUGUUUGUCUAACCGUUCUCAUAAAUAUCUGCGAGGAAUUUUACGUUGUUUCGAUGUCCAAUGCUACUGAAUUUGAAAAACAUUUCAAGCGGAACGAAUCAUUUCAAAAGUGGCAGGAAUAUUUAUGUUGGAAUGGAAGCAGAAGAAGCUAUCAGAACAAUGGAUAGCGAAGGCAGAUAACUUUUGAGGAUGUUUUUAGCAGUUUUUUUGUGGAGCUGAUCAAGCAAAUGAGAAAAAGAUUCGAUUUUAAUGAUCCGACGCUCAAGGCUGCUCCCAGAAACUUUUGCAGUUUAACAAAUAUCAACGUUGUAUAGGAACCGUUUUCAGGGUUCUACGAUAUAGUUUUACAAAAUAUGGAGAAUGAAUUCCGUGCUCUAAAAGUAAAAAUGUUCUAGAAGCAAAUCUUCGUUUUAGAAAACAAACAUUUUCAGGAUUGUGGGAAGAAACUUGGAUGCCUAAAGCUCGCGCUCCGAUGCCUUGUUUCUACAAUGCCUCACUCCUCGGCAUACGUCAAGCGUUUUUUUCAGAUUUUAAUCAGAGCAAGUAUGAGCUUCGAAAUCAACUUAGCAACGACACAAUGAACGCAAUUUGAAGAUCAAAAGAUUUGAUUCAACAUCGUGGCCACAGACCAAAAAUGUUAUUGAAUGAUAUUAUGCUUUUUAAAUUUAGAAAGACUAUGUGUGAGCAUCAUUAAACGCACGAAUGAUUCGAGGCUUGUAAAUGUUAAUGUACACUUACAGCAAAUGUAGUGUUUGUAGUAAGUAAAUGUAAAGAUGAAGUUAGUGAGUAAAUGUAAUAUUUUGAAAUAAAUGAAUAUUUCUUCGUGCUCAUAAAACAGCUUUUUCUCUACAACGAUUAUUUUCGGCAGUAUAGAUUUUUGAACGAAAAAGUACAGAUGAAAAAGAUUUUUAUCCCUUCCGGUACAGAUCAAAAUGUGACAAUACUGGUCUGAACUCACCUCCUUGGUGGCAGACGUAAAGUAGUUGAUUGUCUGCCAGUCGUCAUCCAGCGUUGAAAACGUCUCCUCGUUCAUGACGACCGCGGCGAUUCCGCUUCGCAAUUCAUUCUCCAUUGCUUCCAGCCUUCGUUUUUGGGUUACAGCUUGCUGUUCCGACACGAUCAGCCUUCUCUCCAAAAGCUCGGAACGGUGUCGCCACCUUUCCCCCCGUCUUCUAUUUUAGCUUCAGCUGCAGUUUACGAUCGCGUAGCACCGUCCGAUGAUCAGAACCAGCCUUCCAUUCUCCAGAAGUGUAAGGAUUUUAUACAUACCUGAACGGGUUUAUCCGGCAUAUUCAAGGACAUCGUCACGUCCACUUUCUUCACACCGGAAUGGAGCUCCUAGUGCGCAUAAACAAUGGAGCGCAGUUGCUAUACUGUUUUCGCCAUAAAUUCCUUAACCCUACCUACCUUAACCCGUUUUAGAUCAAGCGUUCGAAAAAUCGAACAGCAACUUCGAUAAUUUUUCAUGGCUUUGGAAAGCAACCAUAUGGUAAGGUUUUGGCAUCAAAUGGUAGCUUAGUCUAUUAGCUACCACAUACUAUCAGUUUCAUUCAAUUGAAACUGUGUUUAACCUUUUCUACAAAAUUACUAUGAUAAAAGAUCACACAUUGGAUUGAACUUCCUACAGGAACAAAAAUGUUGGUUUUGGUCAAUGUUUUUGUUUGGCGCUUUUUUGACGUUUUAUCAUUUUCCGGAAAACGAAAGAACGGAAAAAAAUAAUUCUUUAAGAUUGGGGUUUCUGUAACGACAAUAACCAAAAUUACACCAAUGACUUUUGUCAAAGAAUAUUUUUUACAGCUUGGUCGUUAAUGGGUUAAACGGAUCAGUUGUUGCCUGUUGAAGUCUCCAUUGAUCGUUUGGCCAGGUUUUAUCAGUUCAUAGUGAAUCACACACUUUUGAUCCCCCCAAAUACAGAGUAUUACUUCGACACCAUGAAUUCGGCUUCGGCGUUGAUGUUCCUGGUUGGCCGGUCUUUACAUAUAAUCUUUUGCGUUUUGGAAUUUCGCCAUGAAUCCAUUUUUCGUUCCCAGUAAUGAUUGGAUGCAAUAAAGACUUCCUUCGUGCCGUUUAAGUGACAUUUCGGACAUGUAAAAUCGCAAUCCGACAUCUCCCGCUUUCAAUUCGUACGGAACAUAAUUUCCUUGCUUUUGGAUGCAUCAUGCGGCUUCGAGUCCUUCAGAAAUAGUUUGUCGAGUUAGUCCCAAUGAUUCUGCAAGCUCUGUUCGCGUUUGACACGAAUCUUCAUCGAGUAAUGUCUCUAAUUCUUCGUUGUCAAACUAUUUCGGUUGAUCCGGACGUUUUUUGUCCUUAACAUUAAAAUCACAAUUCACGUAAAUAGUUUAAAACAUUCCCUACAAAGUCUAUCCAUUAGAGUCCCCAUAAACUUCCAUAGGUAUCCACAAGAAGCUGAAAAUCAAUACUUCCCGCAAGUUGUCGUUAUUUGCAACAAAGCUGACAUUUGCAACGCAGUAAAAAUUGAACUGGUUGUGUAAACUUUGAAAACUUAUAAACAAAAUUCGGUUGAUAAAUGGCGAUAAUUCACAAUUCAGUAGAAACCGACUGUCGCCGUCCACUAUUUAAAUCACCUAGAGCCAUCUUGUGGAAAUGGAACGAUAUAAGUUGCACAAUCAGAAAGUUAAUGGGUUCGCACUGAGAUGUUCCAGGAUUUUACAAUCGGGUUCACCAAUACAACUUCAUCUGAGCUGUUAUGUUGGGUGUUAUUAUUUUGGAAAAUUGGAAAAUAAAAUUUAUAAAAUGAAAAACGUUGUAAGGGAGCUUGGUCUUGCUGCUUCCGCUGUCGUAUUAUUUGAAUCGGAAUCCGAUUCCGAUUUUGUAUAAGUAAUAUAAACAAACAUGCAAAUAAUUUUUCAUUGACCAGAUUGUAGAAAAAGUGCAACAAUGUACGAUGGUCCAGGGAACGGAUUUAAAUGGAAAUUUGCAUAUCUAGAUAAAAACUGUCUUCAACAAAGUUGUUACAUAUGUGAAGGCGCUUAUUUCGUUGUUGCUAAAAAUAGGGAGACCAAAAAUUUAGGUGAAAUCAAAAAUCUAACUUUCUUAUCUUUAUAGAUAGAGGCAAACAUAGUUGGACAAUAUUGCAGCCCCAGUUAUUUUAAUCAUCUUUGUAAAACAAAGUUAUUUCUAUCUUCUAAUAUAACCGAUUUAUUGUCUUUUGCAAAAAAGACGGUUUCUUUUCUCUAUCCUUUAUAUUUCAAAUUAUACAUGAAAGGUGUUUUCUGACGACUUUUAGAACUUACUCGUCAACAUGCAUGCGUUUUUUUUAUUUCGAAGUCAGACUGGCACUAACCCUGGUUCAAAAACGAAUUUGCUGUAUUCGGAUGUCAGGCGGUGUUAGAUAAUUCCCGUCUAUUUCAGAACUUGGCGUCGGAGUAAUGACUAUCCGUGAGAUCAUUUUCAUCGAUGGAUACAAGCACGGCAGUGGAACUUCAUACAAAUCACUCGUCGAAAAGUGUCUCCUUUUUCACUGCUUGUUUACAUCGACGAAUAUAUUUUUUCCACUAUGUUUCGUAGGAGAGUGUAUGCAUACUAACAGAUUUCUACUACGAGGUGUUUAAUGAAGGAUGAAAGGUGGGAAUGUUUAUGUUUAUAUAUGAUUUAUCGUACGAUUUAAUUGAAUGCAUAAAAGUUCUCAACAAAACUGGAGUUAAGCACAUUUUUAAAUUUGAACGAAUAUUGAUAAGAGAUUCCCAGCAAUUCUUGAUGUUUAUUGCGUGAUUUGGUAGCUGUAUAAGUUGUUUGAAAUGAAGGUUUAGUGUAAUUAUUUUAUUUUGAGGAUUAUAUUCACAAACAUACAAGUAUGAUUAAUAUAUAUUGCAUGUAUAUGAUGCGCCUAGCCAGCCCAUACAUGCAAUCGUGGAGACGAUAUACAUACAUCCUAGAAAAUAAUAAAUCGUAUAAUUAUCGUUUAUAUUACAUCAUAUACCCCAUAUACAUGUAUAUGGCCUCCAAUUUCAUAUGCAUAUGCCAGUUAUACACAUCAUACAAGUAAUGUGUCUUAGAUGUAUGUAUAUCGCCUCCAAUUUUAGAUUUUUAACGUAGGACUACGUCUUACAUUAAGGGUGCCAAAUCAGAAAACAGGUCACGUUUUUAUGAAAUAAAGCUAACGUUAAUAACUAUUUUUGCUACGAACGGAUUUAAACGUUUUGUAUACCAAUCGAAUUGGAAAUUUUCUAAGAUUUUUUUUGUUUGAUAUGCUAUACAUUACAAUCUCAUAGUCUGUAUAUGGUUCAAAUUGAUAAAAUGGGAAGCAUUCCCAUUUUUCCAUACAUUUGUUCUGUCCAUUUGUGUGCUUUCCCGAACAGAGCUGUCAAUAACGGGUAACUUAUGCAGCCGCUAGAACAGAAACAACGAAGGGGGAUCGAAUAGAAAAAAAUUGCGAAGUAAACUCCACCCUUGCAUAGUAUUAAGCUGUCGCUAGCGUAUAAGUAUUGCAUCUCCUCUGAGGAAAAUUCUCAGAAUAUUUCUGUGCCCGAAACAACAAAGGUCGCUUAUUCUGCUCGUUUUGUGUUUAAUGUAUCCCUUCGAGCUGUGAAGGUUAAUGAAUAUUUCACUUGAAGUGCAUCUGGAAUUGCAAUUAACACAACCAUCCGAGGCAUGGCAAAGCAGGCGAAAAAAGAGAAGAGUACAAAUGAUUUUAGGUCGCUUCUAAACAUCAGUGUUUGGUUUUUUUGUGUGUAGCUUGUUUUCAUUGCGCAAAACAUAGAACUUAGAAACUUUGUUGACGGUAUCGACCGAGAGUCGAGAAACGAUUUUUCAUAAACGGUCAUUCUUGUGAUGUUUCAUUUUUAGCACUGCAACUGUAUGCAUCUGUUAGACCCGUUUUUGAUGCUUGUUGAAUGGCGAUGCACUUCUUCUUCUUCUUCUUCUUUUGAAUUAUAGACACUUGAAACUCAGAGAGUUCAUUCGUCUUCGAUGGCGAUGCACGGAAGAUGCCACUCGUUAAUAUUCAGUGCAAUGCGUGCAUUGAUAUAAAGAAACGAAUUGCGACAUAUGACCAUAGCAUAUUGUUCUCGCAAGGGCAAAACAUGAUCGUUGCUUCUCGAAAUGAGUCUACAAAACUACGCAAGCCAUUAAACAUUUUCAGGGUCCCUAGAACUUUUUACUAAAGAGUUAUUUAUUAAAUUUCGACGUAUUCGCAAAUAAUAUUCGAAAUGAUAAACCAUCAAAUUUCAAAAGAAAAAAUAUUGCGUAGCCCUACGUUCUAAGCGGUCGUAUCUCUGAUACAACCCCUCGAAUUUUUUUUUACGAUUUAAUGUUUGCUGGGCAGGCCCGAAGGCAGUUUUAAAUUGUUAAAAUAUGAAUGAAAUUUUUUACUUAAUGUUAUUUGAUUACUUGAAACAUGUAGUACUGAAUUUUAUUUAACCAUUUCUAUAUAAAUUUUGCGAUACUUCCACUAAAGCACAAUGAACAAUCAGUAAUGAAGUAUCCGAGUGCAACUCUUUCGUAUCAUAUGUAAGAACUUUAAUUGCCCUAGAAUCAUAUUUCAGGUAGCCGUACGAGAUAGCUGCGGCUUGAUAAUCCAAACAACCGGAGUUCAAAUCCCAUCGGAGCAAUUUUAUAAGCGUGGCCCCACUCAUAUCAAAUAUUUAUAUAUCUGGAAGUCAAUUGAUUGAUUCCUAUUUGUACAAACAUAAUGUUUAUAAAGGUUCUAUAUACAUACAAUAAUGGUGAUUCCCCGGGCCGAACAUUUUACUUUAAUAUUUUCCGCCAUUUUUUAUGGCAGUGAUGAAUCGUAUAUUCGUAUGACAACAGACUUAUUAUGUUAUUAGGUAUUGCCUAAUAACCUUGCAUGUACAGUAAAUUACCUCUAAUUCGACAUUUAGUUAAUUGGACAGACUUGUAAUGGGAUACAAAUAAUAGGACUUUUCCAUCUCUAAUUGGAUAUUUUGUAAACAUCGAGUUUGGUACCCGAAGUAUGGCCCCAGAUUGGAAGUCGCCACAAGACGUCGACAUUGUACCACUAUCAUUGUGAAUGUCCAAUUACAGGCCAAUCACCUCUAAUGCGACACUGAGUAGUGCUUCGGUAUGUCGAGGAUUAGAGGUAACUUACUGUAUAUGCUAUUUAGGCGCAUCAUAUACCACCCAAAAUAUCAGAUAUUCGAUGCUCUAUAUACGAUAGUUAUACGAUUGAAUGUUUGCUGGGAUGGCAUACUUGGCAGCUUGGUUUCUCAAGUUCAUAAUCUCAUGUCUACAGUUUUGAGUUAAGUGCAAUUGAAUGACGAAGUUGAACUAAUUUAUUUUGUCACUAUGUUUAUCAGAACUCAAAAGACCGGCAAACAGAUAAUCUUUCGUUCUUAAAAGUUAAAAAUAAAAAAAAGCAACUUUAACUUUCACUUUUCUUAAAACCGGAAAUAUUCUGACUUAAAAACAAUUUUUAACGUAAUAUUCCAAACAUACUUGUAUUUACAAGAAUCUAUAUUAAUUAUCAUAAUUAUUAACAACGUUUUCCGCCAUUCGUUUUUGGGUUGUCUGUAGUAAAUCGUAUAUACGCAUGACAAUAGUUGUACUAGAUGCAUGUAGGAGUCGUAUAUUCAUCCAUCCAAUCAUCGUGAAUACUGUUGCAAGUGGAAAAUAAAUGUGUGUUCAUUGCUUAUGACAUUAUGCAUUAUGACAUAUGCAUUAUGACAUAUGCAUUAUGACAUAUGCAUUAUGACAUAAAUAACAACAUAAUACAGUAAUUUAAAUUUAAUACGACAUGCCGAGGCAUCACUCAGUGUCGCUUUGGAGGCGAUUUUGGCCUGUAAUUGAACAUUGGCGAUGUGAGUGGUACAGUGUCGACGUCUGGUGGCAACUUUAAUGUGGCGCCAUAAUUUGGUCCCCGAACUCGAUGUUUACACAAAUGUCCAAUUAAACGUGUCACAUUACAGGUCUGUUCAAUAAUCUAAACGUCGCAUUAAAUGUAACUUACUGUAUAUAAACAAUAUUUAUUCCCAGCUGUUUUGAGGCAUCUCGCACAAAUUGACAAUAUCAUUCAGUUGUCAGUGCAAGUCGGUUCGAUUUUUAGAGUGUAAAAAAAGUUCACUGUUUACAUAAAAGCAAUCUCGAAUCGGUCCCACUUUUUUGCUUGAAGUUACUAUCCCCUGGAUACAAGUCAUAAAACGUGUCAUCGAAUCGAAUAAUGAAGACACACAUACCGAAACAUAAUAGAAUUAUUGUCAUAGAGAAUGUGUAUAUCAAAAAAGUAACCGAAACAACAGAAUCCUGGAGAAUUCAAUUUCAUGAUUCAAAUAAUUGCUAGGCAAUCGAUUAUCGCAGACAACACAAUACAGGUCGGACUCGAUUAUCCGGAGACUCGAUUAUCCGGGAUUCGAUUAUCCGGAGUAUUUUAUUUUUGAUUUUCGGAAAUUUUGAAUAAUUUGUAUAAUAAUUCUAUAUUGAAUAGCUAAUAUGGAUAUCAAAAGAAAGAACUUGAUUAGUAGAAUGCAGUUAUUUAUGAAAAAUGCAAAUCCAAGAUGGCGGCCACUACAAAAUGGCGGAUUACAUAUUUUCUCAGAAUCCCAUCAAUAUGGGUAUCAAACGAAAGGGCUUGACUAGUAGAACACAGUUAUUUGUGAAAAAUGCAAAUCCAAGAUGGCAGCCACUACAAAAUGGCGGAUUGCAUUUUCUCUCAGAGCUCCUUCAAUAUGGGUAUCAAAUGAAAGGGCUUGACUAGUGGAACGUAGUUAUUUAUGAAAAAUGCAAAUCAAAAAUGGCCGCCACCGCAAGAUGGCGCCAUAUAAUUUUUUUUCACAACUCCUUCAAUAUGGGUAUCAAAUGAAAGGGCUAGAAUACAGUUAUUUAUGAAAAAUGCAAAUCUAGAAUGGCUACCACUACAAAAUGGCGGAUUACCUAUUUUCUCAGAACCCCAUCAAUAUGGGUAUCAAAUGAAAAGGAUUGCAUUGUAGAACACAGUUAUUUAUGAAAAAUUCCCAAAAAUGUAUCAAAAGAAAAGUUCUCGACUAGUAGAACAUAGCAGAUAAUGGAAAAUCCAAUGCCAAGUUGGCCGCAGUCCCCAAACAACUAAUUACUUUUUGAAUGGUUUCAUUCAGCUUGACCUGUUUCUAUGUAUGUUUGAAUGUUUGUUGGGUUGUCCCACAUUAAUAGAAAAUUGACCCCGUUUCUGUUGAAUGAUUGAUCUGAAAUUUGGAACAUACAUUUAAUUCUACUGUCAUUAUAAAGACAGCCGCAAAAACAUGGCUGAAUGGCUUGAUUUGGAGAAUACACUACACUAUGAACAAUAUAAAUUCGAAAAGGUCGCCGCCACAAAACGGUCUAUGGACUAUGUAUUUUUUGCAAUCUCCUCAAUAUUGGUAUCAAAUGAAAUGAUUUGACUAAUAGAAUACAGUACAGAUCGGACUCGAUGAUAUGUGAUUCGAAUAUAUACAAUUUUGGACUCGAUUAUAUUCAGUUUGGAAUUUUUUUUUUAUUUUUCAAAUAUGGCUUAUUUCAUGAAGAAAUGUAACCUUUCAACAUUAAGGUGAAGUUUAAGUGACUAUUACAUGUGCAGUGGGGUAAAAAUCGUGAUUUUUGAAGAUUUUGCUUGAAUUUUCAACAGGAAUUGUUUAUAUCGAUAUUGCAGCCAAAUUAAGAAAGAUAGUAGUUGUGCGUCAAAGCACAAAUUGUGGAGCGGUUAAAGGAAUUCGUUUUAAUUGAUAGAAACAAUCUAGUUUAAUAUAAUUUUUUAGGAUAAAAUUAAUAAUAACACAAUAAAAAUUAUUAACUUUUAAGUGUUUCACUUCCAAAAUGUUAUUAAAAUACACUAAUAUAGUUGUUCCACUAAUGAAAGCAUCAGAAUCGUCUUCCGUAGCGUACUUUUUAAUGUAGAGCCAUUUUGAAGCAAGUCCGAAACAAAAAAAAAGUUCUGUAACUCCGUCAUUGUUGAAAUUCGAACAUAUGCGUAGGAGGAUUUUUUCAUCAAAUAUGAUCGUCUAUCAUCUCCUGAGAGAAUACGGAUAAAUUAUUUUUUUUCAUUUGAGAAAGGUGUUUUCUGACUUUGAGGGGAUGAAUCAAAAAUCAAAUUCCUCUUUGAUUUUCAAAAAACAAAAAAAAAAUACAUGGAAAAAAACAAAUAAAGAAAAAAAAUGUUUUGACUCGAUUAUCCGGAGGAUUCGAUUAUCCGGAGUGAAAAAAAAUCAAUACUCCGGAUAAUCGAGUCCGACCUGUACCACAAAAUCAAUCUAAGAAUUUUGAAAUUACAUUCAUGCUUCUAUCUCUUUCCAAAAAAACAAAUCCGGAUUUAUCGCUACUUCAGAAAUAUGUAGUUGAUACAGGAGUCCUGCCAAGUUGGGAGGGAAUUUCUAUUCUAUUUGGAUGGCCUCAUUUAGGGGGAGGGUUGGGUUCCCGGAACUGCUGCUGUUGCUAAACUUUUUUGUAAAGGUUUGACAGCUGAAUCCCCAUGUGUAUCAAGUGGAUCGACAAAAACUUAUCGGCUUCAGCUGGAUUUACGUUCAAUUUAGAAACGUUUCUCCUCGACUAGAUUGGAAUACCAAUCAGUCGUGAAGAGGAAAUAUGUUGUUCCCCAGUGGAACGAAUUCCAUGAAUUUCUGAAUAAAAAACGGAAUGCAUUUUCAAUGCUUUCAGCGUGGAGUACUUCGAAGAAAAGGUAGAAUAAGAGCUUUUAGCUUCCCUGUUCCGCGUUCCACUAGUGGAAGAAAUUCAAGCGCACGCUGAAAUGCACCGCCGAUCCUUAAUGGAUUAAACCCAUAAAGGCGAGCGAAGCAUAAAGCACCACCGGCUCUACCCUCAAUUAUAAAUGAGGGACAUUUGCAUUUAAGAGAAAUCUCAUUUUCAACCCACCCGGACCCGGCUGUGAACACAGUGGCAGAGCGCUUACCCCGAUUGUGGUGAUACAAAUUAAUCAACCCGCUGCGCACAAAGAAACGAUUGUAGGUCCUGGACCCUCUUCCCAGCGACGGCACAGGAUCAGUUUUCGAAUAAAUAUAAUCGCAUUUUCGCAUGAUAAACGUCUAUUAUCCGCUGUACGGCGGUGGGCUCGCCUCAAUAAACGCGCUAAACGGGCGUUCCAAUGGGCGGCUCAGCCGAUAUAAUCCUGUUUGUACCGGUUGCAUACCGAAGUGUGCUUGUUGUCGUCGUGCGGCAAUCGGUGAAACGAAGGAGCGAAAAUUCCAGCUUUGUCCUUCAUUGUCAUUUGCUCGUAAAACCAACCCCUCCCGCUCUCGGUUUAUGCUUCGUCAAGAUGAAAGCUGAAAAAGUUGAACACACACACACACCCGCACAAGUCGAACAGAAGGAUGAACCACUACUUUUGCCAGCAUCCUACAUUGGUUUCUUCUUUUGCCUCAAAUACCCAGGUGUGGCGGAUACGUAAGGGCUAGGAACGACGACAGGAUGGAUAAAGUGUUUUCUGGAUCAGCGAACGGAAAUCGCGCGCGUCCAUUAUGUUUGAGACACGUUGUAAAGAGCAAUUUCUAUCCCCUAUCCCUGGCACAUCAAGGCCCCGUUGAGCAGGUCCUGGCAGCUCCCGAGAAUACGUUUUUUUUCUUUGCAUCUUACCUAGUUGUAUGUACCACUCUCGAGGAUUUAGGUACAGAAAUCCCCGAUGCACACUGACACGAUCCACUUCCACUUGGUACCGAUUAAAAUAGUUAUGUUUAUGAAGAGAGUGAUUGAGUCAGAGAGAGAGUGAGCGCGCGAGAAUAAGAGAAUUAUACAAACAAAUAGAACACCCACACCCACCCAGUGGUCGCCAGUGAAUUGCUGCUAGUACCCUUGAAUCGCAAAGCGACCGAAGGACACCCGCAGCUGAACUUAAGCAAUGCACUUAUAGCGACAUGACAUUUAUACACAUGAUUUAACUAAUAAUUAUAGAAAUUUGCUCCUCUGCCACCCGAGUGCAAAAGUGUACGGGUGGAGAGGGGAGUGUCCAAGUGAACACACCAGAACACGCCUGCAUUCUUGCCAAUUAUCAUCCGGAUUCAGUUCGUACUGUUCCCGCUGUCUCCCAAUCCCCCAGACAUUCUCCUCGACCACAAUGGUUCUCGCCUGAUCGCUUCGAAAGUGCUGCCCGAUGCUGUUGCUGCUGUGUUGCAGUGGUAGAACAUGAAGGAACAAACAUUAUCUGUGGCAUAACACGGUGCUGCGCGGAUACCCGUUCCCGUUUCAGUUCCCCAGCGAUGAACAGCUGAUGGUGCCAAACGAUGAUAGAAAUGGAGUGUUUUCGAUUAGACGAAAAAUUUUCGGGUCGAAGGGUUAAUACCGGUUGUACCGUGACACCAUUGCAAGCAGUGCGAGAGCACAAUAUAACUAAACGGGGACGCUCACUUCUCGUUCCAGAUCUGUUUUGUACCAUUUACGAUGUUAAAACCAACUAUAUCCUUAUUUAAUAGAGUCUAUGAAGAAAUUUCCACUGGAAUGUUUCCACGAAAACCUUUUCUCCGCUAUUUUGUAUACACAAUAUAAUCUUCUUUUGAAUAUUACAUUAUCUCUGCCCACGAGAAUCGCUAAGCAUAAUCAAAUAUUCUCCUAACGGUCCUUUAAAAAGAGAGAGAGCGAAAAAAAAAUAAAUGCUCGGGAUGACAUUGCUUUUGUUCCGUAGCUUAUAUCCGGUGUGCCAAAAAAAAAGGUCAACCCCCGAAAUCGCCUAAAUGGCGGUGGUCGAAAAUCAGAGUACAAUUUUGUGCGUCCGUAAUGGGUUGGUACGCAUCAAAAAUUCAAGUGCGGUCGAAAGGGGUUCCGUUUUCAGCCGGACAUAUGUUUUUAAAUAGCUUUGAGUUGGUUUGCCCACUCACCAGAGAGCAGCCACUCAUGCAACUAUUUAUGAGCAGUUUAAAAAUAAAUUAGAAGUCUCGGAAGCAAUAGUCUAACAAUUGACUUUCUUUUUUACGGACAUAAAUAAAAAAAAGAUUUUCGAUACGACGUCCGGAAUAGCUGGAAACCAUUACAUUAUUAGAAGUGGUGAAGUGAUGAAGUGGUGUCUGCCAGUAGCUACUAAACUUUGAAGUCGCUAGUAGGGUAACACCCCAUUAUCUCAAAAAGUAUGGCUCAACUUGGAUUUUUUAUAAUGUCAUCUUCAUUUAUUGUUGAACCGUUUGUAACUAACACACUUUGAUUGUCAAAAAAUGUGAGUUUUCCGAUCACGGUUUUAUGGUUUUUCCCGCUUAUUAAACAAACUUUUCGUGUAUUGUAUAAAGUUCUGUUCGCCUACAGAAAAGGAACAAUUUGAUGCAGCGAAACAGUAAAGUUUUAUAACAAUAAAUGAAAUUAAUAGCAUUUUAAUUUUUGGAUGUUGUGUGGGGUGACAUGGACACGUUUUUGUGGGGUGAAUUGGUCCUAGAGAUUUGAGGCUUUUCUCUGGUAUAAUUGAUUCCAGAUGCCGCUAAAUCACAAAAAGAGGAUGGGCAGACAAUGUUGGAGGAAGAAGGAGUUUGAAAGAGCAACACAGGCCAUCAAGAACGUAUUUUCUUUGACCAAGCAUCGAUAGUGUUUGAAAAUACAACAGCGAAAAGAUCCAUGCAGAAUUCGAGAUGAUCUCAAUCCAAUUUUUCUGGUCUGGAAUCUGGCCAAGACACCUGGUAUCGAUCCCAGAACACUGAUACUGAUUGUAACAUUAUUUCAAAAUACUUUACAUAAACAUAAGUAUGUUUUUUUUCGAUGAAACACACACUGGACCAAAUCACCCCACAGAUGGUCCAAAUCACCCCGCAUCAAAUUUUGAUGUCCAAAAAUCAUCUCUUUUGUGUUAUGAUAUAUUUGAUAUUAAACUAGCUUGAUAUAAUGAAUACACAUUAUUGAUUCUACCGAUGGCUCACCUUCGUCUCAUCCACACCAAAAUCUUCCAAAGUUUCAAACGUGUGCGCUACAGCAUACGUUUUACGUUAAAACUUACGUAAUACAUAGUAGGACACUCCGAUCUCAUAGUUUGGCAUCACUGCUUGUAUUAUUCUACCAAUUACAAUUUGUUAUUGCCCGAAAUGCUCCGAAAAGUUUUUAUGUCUGGAUUGUUUUUAAAAGAAGAUAUUUUACGAGUUUGAAAUAAUGUUAUAAAAAAUGUUACUUCGAAGAAAUAAAUUGUUUUUAUGAUGAUUUGAAACUUCCGCUUUUUUUGUGACCAUCCGGGCCUUCUUCGAAUUUGUAGCGCGGCUUUUCCUGCCGCUAUCGUCGUUUCGUUUAGUUGGCUGAUGCUUCUUGAACUUCUUGAUCACAUGAGAUCUAGUGGAUUUUGCUGUUUGAAGAUCCAUUGAUAACAGACUUUUGGAUUUCCAAAGUGAGUGCACCUUGCAAUCAGCGGACUUUUAAGAUGAAACUAGAAAGUAUGGAAAUCGUUCUUGCUUUCUGGGACCAUUCACCUUCGUAUUGUCAGGGAGGUUCCCAAACGUCGAUUCAACUGCUCGAGCUUUUUCACAGUUGACAGUUCGAGCUCGAUGGCAUUUUGCCUAAUUUAUGUUGAGAUAAAAAGGGAAAACUUGCCGGUAUGAUCAAUUCUGACCAAACCUUUCAAGAAAUCUCUACUUCCCAUAACCUAAUUCAAACUCAUAGAUUGGCAUUAUAUUACACAACGGUCGCAAUAUGCUUGUUUGCUCUUAAUCGUUUCAAAAGGUUUCUAGCAAAACUCUACUAAUAAAAGUAAAAAUAAACUUUCUUUUAUUUCAUCGGCUGCUUUCUCGGUUGGUCUGUUGGAGUAAAGAAACAAUUCAGUUUCAUUCCAUCGAACGACCUUCGUUGGUUGGUUGGUUGGUAAUUGGAAAUAUCGUACUGACUGUCGCCGUUUCUUUCAUCCGUACCCCCAAUUGUGCCACUAAAUAGAUGUCGUUCUCGUUCUUUCCUCGCCACUGUGCCAGCCUUGCGAACCGGAACUAGUGCACACCUGAACACCUAUCCCUUUCCGAUCCCUCCCACCUUUAAUUCCCCUUUUGGAUGGUGUUCCUAUCUGAAAGGGGGUGAUAUUUCGAUAGGAAAAUGGAGAGUGUAUUAACCGAGUAAUUUUUGUGCGAUCGUAAAAUUUAAUAAUUUAUACGUGUGGACAGGCCACAUCGCAUCGUAUCCUUCGCAUGUUUUCGAUACACACAUACAUACACUGGUGAAACUAUUGGUAUACACAUCAUAAAGGGUAAGAAGGGUGGGACGAAGAAAGGGACUGACAAUAAACAGGAAGAAGUGAUAUCAUGAUAUCGAUUCGCCUCGAAGGCACGUUCACACGUAGGACACAAAAAACGGAUCCGGGACAAAUGCAGAGACAUGCGCCUGAUUGAGUGAUCAGUAUUGGAACAACUGUUUCACUACCGAACUACAUGCCAUCACCAACAACAACAGCAGCGACAGCAUCGGCCGCAAUUGAUAGCCGGGUAAUAGCCGGAUAAAAGUUAAUUUAUUUGCUAGCCAUUGAGAUCAGACGAACCAAUAAAAAACGUAUACAAAUGUUUGAAACACAAAGGAUGUUUUUUUGACGCACACACAUCCUAUCAAAUACGCACUGCUGCACGAAAGUCAAUAUGAACAUGUGUCACGGGGAGAAUCUACGUUUUACGCACCCUCAAAGUGAAAGAUAGCAGAAAAAAUGCGGGACGUAAUAAAUAUUGUAUAGAAAAAAAAACAACUCGGUGCAUCAUAGUCAUAUUCAUACAGAAAUAAAAAAACAACUUAUGGAAACAGCAGAAACAGAUAAUUAUGUGGAAGAAAAAAAAACCACACAAAAUACACGCCAACUAUAAGCAUAUAAUCGAUCGGGAAUCGUUCGAUGAACUUUGCUCCCCAACGCAUUUUCCAUGCUCACCAAGCGUUAAAACACGAAAACUAGAAAAAAAUAACUCACCAUCUGUACUAAUGACAUGUGUAACAUAAAUAGGGGUUUUAUAUAUUUUUUUCUUAUUAACGAAUAUAUUUUAUAUGAAUUUUUAUAUUAUUAGUUCUUUUUCGUUUCUAUAAUUAAUUUUAUAAAAAUUGUAUAGCAUAGGCAAAGUGAAUAUAUGAAGGAAAAAAACAAACAAUAGCUUCCUUUUGGUAGUGAGAGAAUGAAUUUUAAUUUUAUUGCAAAUAAAACUUAAUGAUUAAGCGCAAAUGAGAACAAAAAACAAGCAUAGGACACAAAUCGGAAAGCCAGCAAGAUUGUUUUUAAAAAACGUGAAGCAACAAUGGUGGGAAAAUACCACUCAAAUUUUAAUCUGUAUUAUACUAGUUGUAGUUAAAUAUGAGAAUUGAAAGCUAAUCGUCAACCAUGACUAACGAGCGCAUGUUUUUGCUAAUCAGAGAAUGGUACUUUUUUUUGUUUUUAGUGGUACACACAUACAGACACUCUUAUACACGCAUACACAGGCGCUAUAGACUGAUUGGCAAAACAGAUUCCUGACUAAUGAUUGUUUGUUGUGUAAAAUAAAGAAAUGGAGAGACUUUACGAAAGCAAAAUAAAGUAAGUGAAAAACUGUGUAUAGAGAUAUAUUUUCUCUAAUGUUAUUCUUUGUGUCGAACCAAACGAAACGUCGGAUAAUUGAAAGCUGAUACCCAGAAGGACGAACGACGAACGGUGCGAGACGAGAACAAAAUAAAACGAUCCCAAAUACUUCUGAAAUAUAUGUAUUAAUGACCUCAUUGUGUGCCGUGCUGAUACCGGAGAUCCGAGCUCCUUUUUCGGCUCCUGUGCAGCUCUACAAAUGUCUCAAUAACACUAAAUACCUGGACCUUUCGGUCCCUAUUACGUCCGACUGACGGCGGACUCGUAUCGUCGCAGGACAGAGCUGUGUCUAAUCUGUGACUUCCUGAAAGCAUUUACCCCCGGCUGCUUUUGCCAUUCUGAAUGAUUCAAAUUUUGCGUUUUCUCCGCUCCACCGCUCCGCUCCGCAGGCUCGGACGUAAAAGAACACAGGAAUACGGAAUAAACAAAGAAAAGUCCAACCAUAGUUCAGCAGUUCAAAUUUCUCAUAUAAAAAGUGCCCGUCACUCGUGGCUCCAUUAGGGAGAUAGCAGCAGCAGCAUCAUAUAACGGAUGAUACAGUUGCAGUUGCUAGGAUAAACUUUGUUUCCUCGUCGUUCUCUAAUUCGAAGAAGUCGGCCAAACCGACACUGGGCUGUGGACGGACACGGACACGACGUGCUGCCUCCGAUUGUUCUGCAAAGAUUCAUCGCUAGCUGUCGGAAUGGUAGAGAUGUUGGUUUUUAUCUUGAAAUUUUGAAAGUGAGCUGAGCGCACAGCCAUAUUAUUUACGUCCGGAGUAGUUUUACCCCUUAAAUGUGAAAAAUGCUGUGAAAAUAUUCUUCGACGUAAGUCAUGGGUGUAAUUUUGAUGAUUCACCGUAAAAAAAUCUCAAUGUUCAAGACAUAUAUUUUUCCCAUCUUCUAUUUUCCGGGAAAUGAAUGUUCGACAAAUUGAUCAUUGGUCAAAACCUGCACUUUUUUUCGAGUACAAAACCACUUCGAACAAAAAGUUACUUUAAAUAGUACGCAGUAUGCGUUCAAAAAUGCUUUAAUUUUACAUUCCGAGACGAACAAGCACGAGAGAACGCGAGUCUCCAAGGAAAAACCUGAAUUCAUCCACCUAUGGUGAGAUGUAACUUUUCUUAUUUUAUACAAUUUUAAUUUAUUACUGGCAGGCUUUUUAUUUCAAACGAAAACUACACUGAAGUCGCUUUUUACGCAGAUU